CGAACCACUAGGCUCGAGCGGGUAUAUAAACAGCUUUUGCCUCUAUAAUUUCUCGAAUCCGUUACAUCGGCAAGCGAUUGAGAGAGAAGAAAGAGGAGGAUGGAGAAGGAGGAGGAGAAGCUAGAGAGAGUGGGACCAUUGGAGGAGCCGUUGAUGAAAAACAUCGUGCCAGAGGAGGAUUCGCUAUCCAUGUCGGAUACUGAUAGCGAGAUACCUGAUUCUCCCGUUCCCAUCAACGCUCCGAUCUACCGUAUGUUUGGACGAGAACGUCCGAUCCACAUGGUUCUCGGCGGAGGUAAACCUGCUGAUGUGUUGUUGUGGAGGGACAAGAAGGUCACGGCAGGGUUAGUGGGUGCAGUGACUGUGAUCUGGCUCUUGUUUGGUUUCGGACAUUGUCGUCUUCUUACAUUUGUUUGUCGCGGAUCGAUCCUCUUUGUGAUUCUCUCAUUCGUCUGGUCCAAUGCACUCAACAGAUCUCCUGAGAAGAUAAUGGAGAUUUAUAUCCCUGAGAAGCCAUUACUCCAAGCUGCUUCUGCAUUGACCUUUGAGGUUAACUGUGCUCUUGCAACUUUAAGGAGCAUUGCGUUAGAGAGAGACAUCAAAAACUUUGCACUGGUAGUCAUAGGACUUUGGCUCGUAUCAAUAAUCGGAAGCUGGUUCAGCUUCUUGUCAUUGAUCUACAUCUGUAAGUACACAAAACUGGUUCUCAUACUCUUGUUUUGUCUAUUCAGAGAUUAUGUUCUUGAUAGUUCACCAACAGGUUUUGUAUUGAUUCACACGGUGCCAAAGCUGUAUGAGAAGUAUGAAGAUGAGAUUGAUCCAAUCGCUGAGAAGGCUGUGAUUGAGAUGAAGAAGCAUUUCCAAGUUCUUGAAGCCAAGUUCUUAAGUAAGAGCCAUCAUCAUUAGCCAAACUACUCAAAAUCGAACAGUUUAGUUCAUUUUAUUUUAUUCUUUUUUGUUUUGGGUGUUCAAGUCGUUUCCUAUGUUCAUGUGGUUUUGAUUACUUCCUAUUCAAGCCAUCUAAACUUUUUUUUUUUUUUUUUGUGUGGGAUAUAAAGUGGGCAGAGCCUUUAUGUUAAAUUCUACACAGUCUCUCUCCAUUUUCACAAGCUACAGACAUUUAAACACUACAGUCCACUGAGUUGGAUUUCUAAAGAUAAGAGAAUCGACCAAUAAAAUCACGAGAAACGUCCACGUGUCUUUAUAAGAAAUCUAGUCUAGUAAAAAGCGCAGCAGACUAAAAAAAUCGAGUAGAGAUGAAGAAGAAGAAGAGGAGAAGCAGUACGCAGAAGAAGAAGAAGAAAUAGUUCGAUGGCGAUGACAGUAGCAGCUUCCACCUCUGUGGCAGUGUCUCCACCGUCCCUUACCUUCCUCCGCUACCUCCUCGCUCUUUUGAGAUUCAGCGAUGCGGUUUAGUUGUUAAAACCUAAACUUCAAUUCGAUUUUCCCGGUUUAACAUCUGGUAUAGAGAGUGUAAGCUAAUCCAAAACCGGAAAUGGAGGGGUUUAUAGUUUAAUUUCAAUUCGGUUUACCCGGUUUAGAAUCUGGUAUAGAUAGUGUGUAAUGGAUAUUUGACUUGAAUGAUGUUUGUUUGUUAUGAGUGUGUUCCUAAAGUUAUGGAGUGCAAUGCAUAUUCUCUGUUGUAGCUUCCUAAAGUUAUGAAGCUUCUCAGAUACUCUCUUGCUGUGCUGAUAUGGUCUACAGUACAGCACGUACAAGAAAGCGAGAACGAGAAACUAAUCUCUUAGCUUCUGAAACUAAUCUCUAAGCUCCCUCCUCCAGCCGGAUACCCUCCCGGUUAUCCCCAACAUUGAGAAACUUUAAACCGAUAUCUUCAUAUUGUGUGUCAAAGUGUUGUUGUUAGGUUGUUAUAUUGUUGUCAGCUAUCUUCUUCCUCAGUUAUGGGGUUGCUUUUUGCAAGUAUCAGUACUCUGUUAAGCUUUGGAAUCAUCUGGUGCGUUGAUUUUACAUUCAUUUAGAUCAUGAUCGUUGAUUGAACCUUGCUCUGGAGAUUCUAGCAUUUCCUUGUAACCAAGGAACUACUGACCCGAUUACUGACUUUGUCUGUACUCGGUUCAAAUCUGAAUUCCCCAUUUUCCACAAGGUACAGACCGCUCGACGAAUCCUUUACAAAUUCUAUGUCUUGUCAGAGGUAUUAAAACAACAGAAUCUUCCCCCAUUGUGUUUUAGAUUGAAGUGAACGGAGAGAAUAUUUCCUGAAUGGUGGUGCUGUCUGACUGAUUCGCCUGUGUUGAUAACUCUACUUUGAUUUGAAUCUGUUGUGGUUUUUGUUGUUUUAAAAAUCUGAACUGGCUGGUUACUCUCACAAUUUAGUCGGUUAUCCAGAUGAACAAGCAUUGAUUGCCU